CCUUGCAGGAGCAGGGUCCAACGAGCGGGGGCGGGGGGGGGUGCCCAGUGGCCCGUGGAUACCCCGAGUGCCUCUGAGAUGCGGAAGAAGAGCCUCCAGGUGGGCGGUUGGAGUGUGGAUGGAACACCGGGGCUUGCAAUGCAGAUACGAAGCGCGUAAGGCGGGACCGUGCAGGAAGUCCAGGAAGCUCCGAGACGAGAUGUGGAGACCGAAGGAAAGGAUGUGGGGCUGGGGCUUGAGGAGCUCUGGGUGGAGGGAGAUGAGGCCGCAGGGCGGGUGCCGGACGAGCUGUGAAGAGAGAGCAGGGGAGGCAGAGCGGGCAGCCCCUCUUCAGCUCUGCUGACAGGUUGCCCAGGCAAAGCUGUUUGGGUGCUCGUUUGGGUGCUCGGUGUGGUGGCAGGUAAGCUCCUCUGUGGUGUUACCAUAGGUUGCAGUCAAAUCCCUCCUUCUCUCUCUUCCCCUAAUUGCGCUCCUGCAUGUUUUUGCUGUGGCCGACGUGUUUGGUUACCCAACUGUAUGGUGAGGAUGAAAAGGGGAAAAACAGGCUCAAGAAAAUACGUCAGAAAAUAGGUUUAAAAUAUUGAGGAAGUGAUGUUAGCAAAUGAUACGUAAAAGGAAAUACGGUGCAUAGUGAAAUCCUCUUUGUUCCCAGUGCCCCUCAGUGUUCUUUGCCUGCGUGCACUUCAGACCAGGAAAAGCCGCUGCAGGGCUUGUCCCGGAGUCCAGCCGGGACCCUGCUGUCCUUGGACCUUGGUAAAGGGGACCACGGGACUCGCUGCGGGCUCUGUCCUCCGCCUGUCAGCCAUGGGGUGGGCUCCUGGCCUCAGGGUCAGCUUGGCCGCCGCUUCCCCUGCUGUGAGAUGCAGGUAGUUUGGAGCAAGACAGGAAGUGCUGCGGGAGUCCGCGCCGGCCCAGUGAGGCCUCCAGCAGCGAAGGCUGGCAGGAAGCAGUUGAUUUGGCUCUUGGUGGCAUGUGGCCUCGGGAGCUGUCGUGACCCUGCCCUGUGCCCUCAUCCUUUACCAGCAACCUCCCACUCAUCCGCCAUGGCAAGCAGUGCCGCCACCCAGCAGAUGAUGCUGUCACCGCUGUCACCAAGCCACCGUGGUGGAUUGUGAUGUUUGGUUUCUCUGUUCCUUUUAUGUCUGGCUUUGCAGAAACCUCACACGGCUUCUUCUCCUUCCUUAUGUAACCCUUUGGAAUAAUUCCAGGGUUGCCAAGAAGAUCCGGAACAUGGUGGCGGUGCUGGAAGUCAUCUCCAGCCUGGAGAAAUACCCCAUUACCAAAGAGGCGCUGGAGGAAACUCGACUUGGGAAGCUCAUCAACGACGUCCGCAAGAAGACGAAGAACGAGGAGCUCGCCAAGCGGGCCAAGAAGCUGCUGCGGAGCUGGCAGAAGCUCAUCGAGCCCGUGCACCAGAAUGAGGCGGCGCUGCGGGGACUGGCGGGGGGCGCCGGCUCCGCCAACGGGGGUGCUCACAACUGCCGGCCGGAGGCGGGGGCGGCCGGCACGCCCAAGAGCAUCCACGACCUGAAGAACCGCAUUGACCUCCAGAGGCUGCGGGGGCAUCGGCUGGACAGGCUGGGCAGCCGCAAGCGCCGGGGAGACCAGCGUGACCUCGGCCACCCCAGGCCACCUCCCAAGGUCUCCAAGGCGAGCCACGACUCCCUGGUACCCAACUCCUCCCCCCUCCCCACCAACGGGAUCGGCGGGAGCCCCGAGAGCUUCCCCGGCCCCCUGGACGGCAGCGGGCACGCGGGCCCCGAGGGCGGCCGCCUGGAGCACGGCGAGAACGACAAGCACGGCGGCAAGAUUCCCGUCAACGCGGUGCGGCCGCACACCAGCUCCCCGGGCCUCGGCAAGCCGCCCGGGCCCUGCUUGCAGACCAAGGUCGCGGUGCUGCAGCAGCUGGACCGGGUGGACGAGACUCCGGGCCCCCCCCACCCCAAGGGGCCGCCUCGCUGCUCUUUCAGUCCCCGGAACUCACGGCACGAGGGCUCCUUUGCCCGGCAGCGGAGCCCGUACGCGCCCAAGGGCUCCACGCCCAGCCCCUCUCCGCGGCCCCAGCCGCUCGACGCCACGCAGGUGCCGUCGCCGCUUCCGCUGGCCCGGCCGUCCACGCCCCCCGUGAGGCGGCUCGAGCUGCUGCCCAGUGCGGAGAGCCCGGUGCGCUGGCUGGAGCAGCCCGAGGGCCACCAGCGGCCGGCGGGGCCGGGCUGCAAAGUGGGGCUGCCGCCGGCCGAGCCCCUGCUGCCCCGGGCCGGCUUCUCCCCAGACUCCUCCAAGGCGGACAGCGACGCUGCCUCCUCUGGCGGCUCGGACAGCAAAAAGAAGAAGAGGUACCGGCCUCGUGACUACACGGUGAACUUGGACGGGCAGGUGGCCGAGGCGGGCGUCAAGCCCGUCCGGUUAAAAGAGCGGAAGCUCACCUUUGACCCCAUGACCAGACAGAUCAAACCUCUGACCCAGAAAGAGCCAGUGCGGGCUGACAGCCCCGUGCACACAGAGCAGCCCAGGACAGAGCUGGACAAGCCCGAGGCCAAGGCCAGCCUCCAGAGCCCUUUCGAACAGACGAACUGGAAGGAGCUGUCGCGCAACGAGAUCAUCCAGUCCUACCUGAGCCGGCAGAGCAGCCUGCUCUCCUCGUCGGGCGCGCAGACCCCGGGCGCCCACCACUUCAUGUCUGAGUACCUGAGGCAGGAGGAGAGCACCCGGCGCGGGGCCAGGCAGCCGCACGUGCUGGUGCCUCACAGCGCGCCCACGGACCGCCCGGGGCUGAGCCGCGAGGUCACGCAGGACGAUCUGGACAGAAUCCAGGGCCACCGGUGGCCUGGGGUGAACGGGUGUCAGGACACACAGGGUAACUGGUAUGACUGGACGCAGUGCAUAUCGCUCGACCCGCACGGCGACGACGGGCGGUUGAACAUUCUGCCUUAUGUCUGCUUGGACUGAGCGGCCCGGCGGCCUCUCGGUGCGUUCCCACCUUGCAGUCAGCACGGCGGGCGGGCUGCCCCCAGUGCUUGGGAAGCCGGGGAGUCCGGCCCGGGGCGGAGGGAGGGGGCGGGAGUCUCGAGGUCUCUCCGAGCCCUUCCCUCAAAAUUCUCCUUCUUUUGUGAAAUGCUGCUACCAGUUUACUAACAAAAUUGCAAAGGAAGGACCGUGUGGAAGGAAGGCCGGCAAAGUGAGUUCAGAACUCUAUAGCGAACCAGCUAUAAAAAGCGUCAGUUCCCCACCCCGGAAGCGGUGUGGACACUUCCCAGCACCUGUAAGCUGGGACCUCAGUUGCAGGCAGGCACAGAAAACCUGUGGGAGAGGUUACCUUUAAACACAGCGACAGAAGCACGCGUCUCAUCCAUUUGCGUUUUCUUUUUCUAAAUUUGGCCCUGAGUGUGUGAGGCGGUGGGUGUCCGUGCACCGUGGCCUCUGUUCGCACCCCCACCGGCCAGUGCUUCGGUUACGGUGCCAGUUCGGCAGCUGCAGCGGGCCAGCUGGCCGGCUGCUAUGACCUGCGCUCCAUGGGCAUCCACACAUUUUUAUCUGGUUUCGGUUAAGACCCGGUUUUGAAAAAAAUGCUGCAAAAAUUUAAGUGUUCUAGGAGUUUAUUUUAUCCGCCUUUUCCAUCUGACCAUCAGCCAAAUAAGUUUCCUUUCUUUCUCCCUUUUUGUUUUCCCCUUCCUGCACAUAUCUUGAAAAGUUCACCUUUCCAGAUUCCCCCCCUCCCCACCCCCACCCCAAAGACAAAAGUAAUCGCGGGUGCUACUGGUGUGUAAGCUGUACUGUUGGGCAAGAGGAGACCUGUCUGUGCGCUGGAAACACUCAUAACCAUUCCUUUAGAUUCGUUUGCCUUAUGGUUAUUUGUCAUAAACGCGAUUUGCAAAAACAAGGAGCCUUAGUGAAUGUACAGUACCUAGACUUCUGUGUUCUCAGGACACAGAAGGGAGCAACUUUGCUAUUUGGUCCAGUAAGUGGACAACUUGUGAUAUAAAUGUGGAAAUAAAAAAAAAAAAAACCAUUUGCACAAA